AUGAAAAAAAAAAUCACUUCAUUACAAUCAUCACUAACAGAAGUAGCAAUGCAAAAAAAACGUGUAUGCAUUAUUGGUGGUGGAUCUACAGGUUUGUGUUGCUGCCGUGUUCUCUUAGAAUACAAUAACUGUUUUGAACCGGUGAUAUUCGAACGACAGUCAUUCAUCGGUGGCCAAUGGCAUUAUCAAGAUGUUUUAUCAAUUGACAACAAUAAACAAGAUUUAACAAGUUCUGUUUAUCCUAACAUGUUAACAAAUAUUCCAUGUUCUCUUAUGCAGUACAGUGAUUUCCCAUUUCUAUCUAAUAGAUCCGAUUCAUAUUUUAAUGUCCAUGACAUGGAAAAAUAUUUAUUACAGUAUGUUCAACAACAUCAAUUACAAAAGUAUUUAUUAUUAAAUGUUAAAAUAGAUCAUGUUCAAGAGCUAUCAAUAGAUACUGGUUUCAAUGUUACAUAUACAAUAACGACUAAACAUAAUGAAAUAACAACGAUCAAACAACAAUCAUUAUUAACAAAUUUAAGUUGUAAUAUUGAUAAAGCAAAACGCAUUGUUUUGAAUGAAACUGAAGAUUAUUGUCAAUACAUAGAACAUUUUGAUGUUGUUUGCGUAUGUAAUGGUCAUUUUUCUAAAUACUAUAUACCAGAUAUUAAUGGUUUAAUAGUCGUUCAUUAG